AAAAAUUCAAAUUAAUGUUGAAACACAAAAAAUCCUGGUUCUUGUUCAGGAAAGAAAAAUUUUCACAACUUGGAUAGAAACAAUGAAUUGAUUAAAAAAGAUAAUCACGAAAAAAAGGAAAUUGUUGAUGGAUGAAUUUAUGCGGGUUGUGAGUCUAGUUCAUAAAGUGCCUAUGACAUAUAAGAAAAAUAAUCCAAUUCUUACUUUCGGCUAAUUGCAUUUUGUGAAAUCUAAUCUUAUAAUAAUAAGAAAAAAAUUUUGCCGUUAAGGGCUUAUCAUGUUUUUCACUUCCCGACAAAAAUUCUCAACUUUCCUGAGUGAAACUUAUCGAAAAUGGAAGCGCAGUUGAUAUACUAUCCCAAAAUAGCUGAAAAUAGCCGCAAAACAUGAGAUUUACUAAUUUAUCGGACAAUAUUUUUCAUUUUCCUUCCCAUUUGUAAUUUUAUAAAGUUCAUUAGGAGGAAAUAUAAGUUGGGUAUCGACGUUUGAGCUAUCCGUUUCCUUGUUUUUGGCAAAUUACCCACGCAAGUUCUUUCUUCAUCAAUUAUUGAAACGCAAUUUCUACUUUUUGCUAUCAAGAACCCUUUUGUUAUAAGCUUUUUCUCUCUGUCAAUCCAUCAAUGUAAAUUCUGUAUUGGUAUUUGAAAAUUAUAAUAUUACUUUUUCUCCAAAUUGACAAAAUUGGAACAUUGAGGGAAAAUUUAAGCAACUAGAGCUCAGUUGGGUUGAUUUAUUAAACCGCUUAGUUGAAAAAGUUGAAUAAAAUUGGAUCUAAAAGUUUGACUGCUGGUUUAUUUCACACACCGAUACACAAACCACGUGAUAUUGGCCUCUUAUUCCUUCAUUCACCUCGAGUUAUCUUUUUAAAGACCUGUGAAUUACCUUUUGGACUUACUUCUUCUUUAAAAAUUGCCCCUAGCUCGGUCAGUUGGGAAUUGUUUUCAAAUUUCAAACCAAUUUUAUUGUUUCUGAUUUUCACAAAAAUCAGCCUGGAUUAAAAUUUUGACGACACUGAGCAAAUAAACAACAUGGAAAGUGCUGCUGUUACGUCAUCCAAUCCCGACUAUGAGGCUGAUGACAUAAUUUACCCUCAGUGGUUUAUCAUAACUUAUAAUAACACCAUCUUCUUAUGUCUGUUGGUGGGUUUCGUGAGCAACUUUUUCAUCCUCGUCAACAGCUUCACAGAUGCAAAAAUGAGAACCACCAACUACUUCUUUGUCAUGAAUUUGGUCGUCGUCGAUAUUUUCGUCAUUCUCGGAAUUCUUGUGGUGAAGGAAGUGGCGAUUGCGAUGGAGAGCGAGAACUUCUUCCUGGCCUGUUUCCCCACAGUGUGGAACUUCGUGGUGAACUACAGCGCUUCCAACUACAUCCUCCUCAUCCUCUGCUACGAGAAGUUCGUCAUGAUCACUCUCCCCUUCCGCAAGGACAAACUCCUCUGCAUGCGAGUCAAGGUCAUCUUCACCCUCACAGUGUACAGUUUGACAGUGGCAGUGGCUCUGUUGAAGUUCCACACUAUGGAUCCCAGAGGUGACAACUGGUGCACUUUUGCGUACCCGGUGGUGUCGGAGUGGGUGUCUGACUUGUUGGACAUGUUUGUCUUCUUCGCCACUCCAAUCCUCAUCCAGUUCCUUCUCUAUCUCUACACCUUCUACAGUGCAAAGCGGCUCACAGCGAGUCUCAAUCGUCCGCUGCAGGCGGGACUGUUGUUGUCGUCGUCAGCUGCAGCGACCAACAACAUCACAUCAUCAUCCGCAAUUACACACAAUAUCAACACAGUCAACCCCUCAUCAUCCGCAGGCUAUCAACUCACUCUAGCCCAGCCGAACCCCACCGAUGCCAAUUCAGCUGGAGGGGCAAGUGGGGGGUGCAAUAGUAACAAUCAGCAGAAUCAGAAUCAGAACCAGCAGCCGACUCCAUCAGUGUACCGACCCAGCAGACCGAGACAGCAGCCGCAGCUGAAGAUAGCCAAGAUGUGUCUGGUGGCAACUGCUGUCCGAUUCCUCCUCUGGCUGCCAUAUGUGAUCCACCUGGUCCGACUGUCCAUCCGACAGGCCACUGGACUGGCUCGAGAGGGGGACCGUUCUCGCGGGGAGAAAAUAGUGGACAUGUUUCUUCCCGAUCUCACUAUCAUCGCAUCCUGUACCAACCCGAUAGUUUUCAUCGCCAUGUCUCCCCCGCUCAAACGUCGGCUAGCCGCGCUUUGUGGCACAAUCCGCCAGUACUGCUGCUGUUGCUGUCCCGUCCUUCGCUCGUGCUGCUGUGGCGAAAGCACUUCAGGCGUCCCGGGUGCCAACGACGAAGGAGUCGCGGUGAGUCCUAUAUCUCAGCCCCCCAGUGGCCCGAUAUAUGGUAAUGGCGCUGCGGGGAAGUUAGCGUCCAAGGGGCAGAACAUCGGCGACAAUGCGAACCCAAGAAACACGAGAGGUAUAUAUGGUCGAAUCCGACGACAAGACACGACGUCCACCGAAGCUUCUCGCUUCUCGUCCGAUACUGAAUCAACAUUUUCGGACCGUUCAGCGAAAAACAUGGUAGUUCCGAACGCCGAGUUGCAAACAAUCCGAGAGGUGUCGGCUUCUCCCGAAACAAUCGGCAAGCACCGACCAAGAGCCGAAACGCGAGGAGCUGGAGACGGCGAGAUUCGAACCGGGGUUGAAAGCGAUAGACAAUCAGAAAAUGGAGAAAGUGCGAUGGAUAAAAAUCAGAGCAAAUCUCAAAAUGGAACAGAAAUCCGAGAAAAUAUCAAGGCCGAAACCGGUAUUCCGUCGGAGGAACAACCGAAUGACGACGAUUGCGAAACAGAGCACGACGAUAAUCGUACAACCUAUGUUUAGUGUGAUUUUUAUCCUAAUUUCUCAUAAAAAUCUAUACGAAAAUAAUUAUAUUAUAGAUGUCGAAUUCCAAAAAAGAAUUACUACUAGAUUUAGUUUUCUCUGUUUUCAUCAUAUUUAUCAAAUAAUUUUAAUUAGUCCAAAUAUUUAUUGAAUAUUCCAUUUUGAUGCCCAAAUUUGUGAAAUUUUCUGAAUUUGUAUGCUUUGCUUAUAUCAAAUAAAAU